AUGGUAAACGUCUUGAACGAGUACGCAAACGCAAACACAACACGUAACAUUAACAAACAGCAGCAUACAGUCCCCAAAAGUUAUGAUGAAAAAGAUGAUAAAGAGUCGCUUCGAACCAAGCUCCAGCGUCGUAAAAAACCAAUUUACGCCGGUCUAAUUCUUUUGGCUGUAGUACUUGUUGGCGUUACCGUUGGUGUAAGUUCAAGCUCCAGCUCGAUCGCAAAUACGGAAUCGGCACAGAAGGACCCUUUAGUGUCCUCCUCAAACGACCCUUCAGUGUCCCCCUCAGACGACGCUGUAGUGUCCUCCUCAAACGACCUUUUAGUGUCCUCCUUAAACGACGCAACGUCAAUUGGUCAGUAUGACUUAGAUGCAGGUGUUGUUCAGGUUGAGAGGGAUGCCGUCUCAGAUGCCGAUCGUGCUGAAUCGGAUUCUUCUAUCGACGUAAAGAACAUUGUACCUGUUGUUCAGAGCUCGUUGUCAACUUCAUCGAGUAAAAUUUCUUCUACCACGUUGACUCAAUCUGAAAUUCCUUUGCAGAAUUCUUCGGGUCACAUUCUUACUUAUCGUCUCGUAGACUUUGUCUGGACCGAUGCAUCCAAAUGGGAGUAUGUUAAUGGAGAAACCGUGUCGUCCGAUAUGGUCACUCCCAGCGGUAUCAAAUUGACACCUGAGAACAGUGAGGAGCCUAUCCGUACGAAAGAGGGAUGGAGUGGUGAGAAGGUCGUGUUCAUUGAGUGGGAACGCACGAGCACAAGUGACACCAAUAUUUGGAUGCUGAAUACAAAGCUACAAUCCCAUUUUGGCAAGGGUAAUGGCUGGCCGUACUGGGGCGAGAUCGAUUUGUUCGAGAUGUUUAAGCAGGACGCCAUUAAUACCCCUGCGUACGACUACAGCGGCUUCGGCGGCUUCUCGGAUGUAUUGAGCUACGGCCAAAUGACGAUGCAUAUGGGUCCUGCUACUGAAAAUGGCAAGCCUUGCUUUUGCCCUGCCAGUCCUUCCAAGAACUUGUGGUACGACAACACCCAGCCCAUGACGUCUGGCUGUGCAGCCCAACUCUCGAACGACCUGUCCAACUCGAUCGCAGCAGUGUGGGGCUCGGACAGCACAGGAAAGUAUAUUCAGCUCAUCCAGAAACCGACCAUUACCAAGGGCGGUAUGCUCAACGGAGCGGAAACGUACGAUGUCACCACUGGCAGCGGUGGCGUCACGUCUAAAAUCUACAACAACGCCCAGCUCUUCUGGGGUGUGGACGCCACGGACUCGUGCGCCAAAGCUGGUGGCCAUGAUGCCGCGUCGGGCUUCCCCUUUUUCGAGAGCUUUCGUCUCAUUCUCGAGGAGCAGACAAAAGGCGACGCGAGCGCCUCCUUCACCGUUAAAAACAUCCAGAUCUUCACCAAGAACUAG